AUGGCGAUUGGCCUCACUGCAGCAGGGCUUGACGACGCGCUUGCCUACGACGAUGCCAGCGGCGGGUUCAUCCAUCUGCUCGCCCGCUCGGCCCCAGCAGUCCAGUGGCUCUCGCUGGCUGGCAAUGCACUGACUCAAGCUGCUCCGAUUGUCUCGGCGCUCUCGUCGCUACACACGCUCUCGCUCCGACUCAACGUCAUCGAUGAUGCGGGCCUGGCCGCUCUGGGCGACGUACUGCCCUCGUCACGCAUCGCCAUCCUCUCGCUCGCUCUCAAUGCCUUUACCGCAAAUGGGCUCGCCCACUUUGCUCGCAACGCCUUGCCCAACUGCCGCUCUCUGGUCUCACUCGAUCUAUCGGGCAACGUAGUCGAUGCCGCUGCGGCCUCGGCGCUCGGCUCGGCCAUCCUGUCCCUCUCGUCACUGGCUGCGCUCUCUCUUGCCGCCUGCGGUCUCGACAGCCUUGCCGCCCUGCAUUUGGCUGCCAUUCUUCCGGCAGCACGCAGCCUCCUUCACCUCAAUCUAGCCUCCAACACACUGAGUGACGAAGGCUGCCAGUUCCUGGCCACCGCCCUCGCCAGGCCUGUCGCCCUCACCCAUCUCGAUCUUUCUUACAAUGCUGUGUCGGACUCGGGUGGCCAUGCUCUGGCCGCACCUUUGGCUUCUGUGGUUUCGGCGCCAGCGCUGGCACACCUCUCGCUUCGCGGUAAUGGCAUCGGCUUCUCGGCCGCUCUCGCCCUUGUCCGAUCCGUUGCCUCGGCUCCGCUCGACGGCGUACUGCGAACUCAGAUUGAUCUUGCAGGCAACGGGUUCUCCUCCGCCAACAUUGAUAGUCUCUUGCUAGCCGCAGGGCCACGCCGCGAAGAUAUUCUCCUCAUCCACGAUCCUGGCACCGCAGUCCCUCAGCCGGGCACCUCGCUUCCGUCGGGCUCAGCUUACGCCACAUCGGGGACCAGUGGCCUCGGCCCCACCACGGCUCCACACCGGCCUCACCCGCUCAGCCUCAACCUUGCUACCCAUCUCGCCACUAAGCGCCGGCUCAACCUUGAUGCUCUUCUGGCAGCUCCGUUUGUUCCUGAACCGCCCGAACCGACGCUCCGCAAGCUCCAACUCGAGGGCUCGUCUGUCGAGGCCUCAUAUCCCAGCGACGCUCUCCCCAACGUUCAUCCGUGGCAUGUAGGCUCGCAAGUUCCAGGCUUCUCGCGCAUGUCUCCCUUUGCAUCGCCCAUCCGCGGACCGGAUGGGACCCUCGUUCCCCCGCCGCAAUGGGAGCCACACUACGUGGCCUCGCUCCACCGCUCUGCCCGCUCUGCCGACCGCCUCUCGCUCGAUGCUCACGCUUAUGCGCUUGAACUUACGCCGUCCCAUUCGCACUUGACUGCCACAGACGCAGUAUCCGCUACGGGCAAAGAUGGCGAUGAAUCGGACGUUGUCCGGCUCGGACAUGGCCCGCUGCCGCGAGUCAUGGAGCUCGAGGGCCAGUUUCCGCUCUCGCUCUUAGCCUUGCUUGACCUCACCUCGGCGCCGCGGCUGCUCGCUACUGUUCUUGAGCAGCACCGGCAGGCCAAGGCUCAACUCGGGACUGUCGUCGAGUACAAGACGGUGGCAUGGCCGGCGCCUGAACGACGAACCUCAAUCGCGACCCCACCGCCACUCUUGGCCUCACUCAACGCAACCAAGUUGCGGCUCAACCUCUCGUCGACCGACUUUCUCAACACCUCGGUCCCGGUGAAGCGGAUGGCUCCUGAGCUGCGGCAGCGCAGGCCAUCAGGACCAACCACUGCCAAGCUUGCUACCCUCGCUGCCGCGCUCAAGGCCGCACAGGAGAGCGACAGCGAAGUCUCACCAUCCACGCUUGCGGAGUGGUCGGUACAGCUCGAUGACGUUGUUGCUAGCUCGGCACCAGUGAUCUCUCCUGGCUCACGCUUCCUGACCGGCGAAGUCUCGCCGCCAGCCACCCCGCUCUCCACUGCUGUCGCCGCCCGCCUUGCCGCCAUGAGCUAUGACCUCAACUCCUCGUUUGAGUCGAUGUCUAUCGAGCUGGAUAAGUCGACUGAGGCUCUCAAACUCGACGCGCUGCACUCGACACCGCCUCCGGCUGUCGCCUCAGUUGGCCGUACACCCACCACCCGGCACCAACGCACGUUUGCCAUCCGAUCGCAAACUCGGUCUGUCACCGACAUCCACUCGGCGUCGUCGACCAGCUCAAGCUCGGAGAGCCACUCGCAGUCCUCCGACUCGAACACGGGGUAUGUCGAGGUUGUCUCGCCCUUUUCGCACAGCAUGCAGCAAGUUGCUGUCGACGAUCGGCCCACGCCGUCGCCGCAGAACGUGACGCCGGCCCCGGCGCAUGGCUCACCCGAAAUGCAAAUGCUGUCGCCAGAGCAAGCUUGCGACUCGCCAAUCCGCAGUCUCUCAUUGGCAAGCGAGCUGUCCGAGUUUGAGCCGUCGGCAUCCUCGGGUUCCCAGACUUCGUCGUCGCGGUGCAAUGUCGACACGCCGCUUGCCUUUCUCCCUACCAUCAAGCUUCAGGUGGCAUCGUCAAUUGGGGAAUUGGGUGCCAGUGCCGAGUUGGCGUACAAGGACGACCUUGCUGGCCCCAUCGGCACGUAUGCAAAAGUCACCAACCGUCACAACAAAUCGUGGUGCAAGCGGUGGGUUUACCUCGACCCGUCUACCGGAACGCUCACGCUGUUCAAGAAGCAGAAGCACAAAGCCCAUGUCGACCGCCUCUUUUUGACAGACAACAACGAAUGGACCCUUAUUCGUGACCGCAGCAAGAUGCGCAAGCGCAAGAUGACCUGGCCGACCCUCCUCCUCGGCUCGCCGCGAAUCGGCAAGAGGUACUGGUUCAAGUUUGGCUCCGCCGAUGAGACCGAGCACUGGGCUGCGGCCAUCACUGGCAUUCUCAACGCUACCAUUCUUGCCUCGCUAGCGGCGGAUGCGUUCCUCAUGGACUCUGACCCGUCGCUAGGCAGCAGCAACAACAACUUGGACGAUGCGGAUGAUGCUGCUGCCGAUUGUGGUGAUCAUGUCUCUGGAGGGACUGACAGCGAAAAGCUUAGCAGCGCUAUGGAGUGCUCACACCAACUUAUCAUGGCACAUCUUGACCGCCAGAACAACUCGCACGAUUUUGUGGACGAGAGUCAGGAGAGUGGCUCUGACUCUGGCCCUCGCCAUGUGGUUAUGGCCUCGAACGAUCUCCUGCACCACGACUCAGCCAUCUCGUUUGGCAGCCCGCCCUCUGUCCACUAUGCACCGUUGACGCCCUCCGACGUUGUGGAGCACGACGACGCCACUGGCAGCGCCGAUCCAGGCAGCGCGCUGCCGCGAACCAUGUCGCGUGCCGAGACUCAGUCGAUGUCCCAAUCCACCUCGUUUGCCACAGACCGCGGUUCGGGCGACGAUCCAACUGCAAGCUCAGACGGCGAGAUUGAGCCCCCGGAGCACUCGUCGAUGCCAGCGCCGGCAACCGGUAGCAAGCUCGAACCGCCAUCUAUUGUGGCGCGCAAGCCACACAUGACGCUGUCGAUGCUCAAGCGGCCGUCGCUUACGUUCUCGUCAUCAUCGCGGACAGCGACGCCGUCCAACUUGCAGGUUACGACGGGGCCGGAUGCUAGCGUGUCGUCGCGCCUCAAGUCACCGCAGGUCCCGCGGCUUCCGGACCUGAGCAAUCUUCCGGGUGACGCCGAGUCGGACAACGAGUCCAACUCCAACUCUGGCUCUGCUGGCUCGCGCGACGAGCACCCGGCCGCAGGCCUUCCCCACGCUGGCAUCGGCAUUGAGAUCGAUCAUGGCGAUGUCGGAAGCCUCGGCUCGUAUCGCCGGAGAUCAAGCCACCACUCGAGGUCGCAGAGGCUCAACGCUCGGGCCUCGCCGCGGACUCCAUCGCGGAACGUUCUGAUGAAGUACUCACUCACGCCCAAGGGCGGCACCAACUCGCCGCGCGACUCACCGCGGGCGUCGGCUAGUGACGACAUCCAGCGAUCCAUGCCAUGGCUCUCGCUUGUCACAGCGGCCGACGUACUCGCGCUGGCCGACCUGCAGUCAAAUCGGCUUGCUGAGGUUCCAGUCUCGCUCGUGGUCGACAACGGCAGCACGCCACGCUCUGGCUAUCUGCUCGUCCUCGACCUCCACGCCCGGAGUGUGUCGCUUGUUCGAAAGCGACGAAUGCGCAAGAACACCGUGCUUGCCUCGUGGCUUCUCAUCCAGACCCGCACGCUGCCGCGGACUGUUGACAACGACUCGUUUACGCUGGAAAAGGCAGCCGUCGAUGCACCGAUGAGCGCCCUCUCGCCGCCGUUUGCGUCGGAUGCCGGCGCCGAUGCUUAUGUCUUGGCCGCCAAGGAUGAGUCGCGCGUUCGCAUCCUGGCCCUUUUUGACGCCUUCCGGCGGACUGCGCGCGGCUCGCCCGAGUGCAAGGUGUUGAUGGGCAAGACGUGCAGGGUAGCCUACGCCAUCCAGGGCUCCGAGCUGUACAAGCAUGCCCGGGGCGCUCUUGUUCAUGUUGACAAGAUCAUCUGCGGCGGCUGGCUUCGGAUCACCGACUCGCGUCGCGACACGUCAUACCUGCACGCGGUCACGCUGCGAGCCAUUCACGAUUAACCUUUAGCCGCACGGUCG